AUGGCUAAAUCUUUAGCGACAAAUAUCCUAGCUUGCUUUCUAGCCUAUCUUUUAACACCUGUUCUAGCUGAUAAUAACGUUGUUGAAACCGAUAAAGGUUUAAUCCGUGGAAAGGAAGAUGUCGUCUUAGGCAAGACCAUUUAUCAGUUUUUAGGAGUUCCAUAUGCAGAACCACCGAUCGGAGCAAGACGUUUCAAGCGAGCUGUUCCAAUUCAAUCUAAAUGGGAGAAAACGCGAGAAAGUAUCCAAUUUCAAGCGUCUUGUCCUCAGCAGCGCUUGGAGGCUGCAUUUUUCGAGAGAACGGAUCCUAAUGAUCCUUCUUGGCAAUUAAAUGAAGACUGUCUAUACCUUAAUAUAAUGACACCUUCAUUAAAAUCAUCCGAUAAAUUGCCGGUUAUUUUCUGGAUCCAUGGAGGUAGUUUGAGAGUUGGCAACGCGGCUUGGUGGCAUGGUCAAACACUUGCAUCUCAAGAGAAUGUAGUGGUAGUCAGUAUUAACUACCGAUUAGGUUCACUUGGCUUCCUAACAGUUCAAGAUUCCGACGGAAAUACAGUUAUUGAUGCUAAUAUUGGCUUAUUAGAUCAGCAUUUGGCUUUAACUUGGGUACGCGAUAACAUUGCUGCAUUUGGAGGCGAUCCAACGAAUGUUGUUAUAGCAGGCCAUUCUGCGGGUUCUAUUUCUGCCACUUAUCAUAUGAUAUCGCCUCAAAGUCGGGGUUUAUUUCGAAGUGCCGCUUUAUAUGGAGGUACAUGCUUGUUAAAGGACGUCUAUUAUACAAAAUGGUCCGAUUCUAAUCGUGUUUUUGACCUCUUUCGAUCAAAGACCUCAUGCAAUGACAGCCAUUUCACUCCUCAACAAUCUCUCGAAUGUUUACAAAAAUUGAGCACUGAAGAUCUAUUAACUGCUCAGCAUCAAGCAUCUAUGGCUGCUAUUUAUCCUUUUAGGCCAAUUGUUGAUUCCUACUUCCUACCAGAUGAUCCAGCCCUUCUAAUAUCUCAAGGCUCCUUUAACCCAGUCAACGUUAUCAUUGGUACCACUGCCAACGAUGGUGCUGUAUUUAGCGCUACUAUACCAGGUUACGAACAAGGUUUUCCAGGCGUACUAUUAAAUCAAAUGGUUUAUGGAUUCUAUCAUAGUUAUCCAGACGAGAUUCGGUCCCUUAUAGUUCAUCAUUACACUGAUUACUCUCUUCCUAAUGACUUGAUUAAAAAUCGACAAAUGGUGGAUCAAUUUCUAACAGAAGCACUGUUUCAAGCGCCUGUUGAUGAAUUGGCAAUUCAAUUAGCUAAACGAGGUUAUCCUGCUUUCGUCUUUAUAUUUGAUCAAAAGACAGAACAAUCAGCUUAUUAUCCAUCCUACAGUGGAGUUAUACAUCAGAUGGAGAUACCUUACAUUUACGGUUAUCCACUACAUCAUCCAGAUUACGUUAAAGAUAAUUAUACUGAAGACGAUCGGCAAGUUAGCAUCAACAUGAUGAAAAUAAUUGGUGGUCUAGCUCGAAAUGGGAAACCUGAAGUUGAUGUAGACUGGCAGCCUUAUUCAUCCAGUAACAAAUCUUACUUGCAUAUUAAAAAUCCAUUGAAAAUUGAGAAGAAUUACCUCCCUCAAGCAACUACAUUUUGGAAUAAAGUGAUUCCAUCUCUUAUAGACCGAAGUGAUUCAGACGCGCAAAUGUCUUUCAUAAAAUGUCAACUGGGAAAUGAUAAAUUACGAAAGGAAAAUAGAAACUAUUUUUACAUUACUGUUGGAUCACUGGCAUUUUCAUUUAGUAUUAUUUUGUUAGUUCAGUAUUUAAACAAAGACAAAAACAAACAAGAUUAA